AUGCGCAUCCUCUCCCAGCGCUCGGGUGACGAGGUGGCCAAAGAGUUUGUGAAACUGAAGUCUGAGACCCGAUCGGCCGAGGAGGGGAGCUGGUCUAACAUACACAUCAAGACCUCCAAGUACAACGUCUUCACCUUCCUCCCUCUCAAUCUGUUUGAGCAGUUUCAAAGACUGGCCAAUGCCUACUUUGUCUUUCUUCUCAUCUUACAGCUGAUUCCUCAGAUCUCGUCUCUGUCCUGGUUCACGACUGUAGUUCCGCUGCUGCUGGUGUUGUCUAUGACCCUAGCCAAAGAUCUCUCUGACGACAUCACCAGACACAAAAAUGACAAACAAGUGAACAACAGAAAAGUAGAAGUGCUCAUUAAUGGAGAGUUGAAGAGUGAAAAAUGGAUGAAUGUUCAAGUGGGUGACAUUGUCAAGCUGGAAAACAAUGAGUUUGUCACAGCUGAUCUGUUGUUACUCUCUAGCAGUGAACCUCUCAACCUCAUCUAUAUUGAGACGGCUGAGCUGGACGGGGAGACCAACCUGAAGGUGAAACAGGCUCUGACAAUCACAGGAGACCUGGGCAAUGACAUCCAGAAACUAGCAGCAUUCAAAGGUGAGGUGCGCUGUGAGCCUCCAAACAACCGGUUGGAUAAGUUCACAGGAACUCUGACGGUGGGAGGAGAGACGUUUUCUCUGGAUAAUGAGAGGAUUCUGCUCAGAGGAUGUACCCUCAGAAACUCAGACUGGUGCUUCGGCCUGGUGGUGUUUGGAGGUCCUGACACAAAGCUCAUGCAGAACUCGGGCAAAUCCAUCUUCAAGAGAACCAGCAUUGACCAUCUCAUGAAUUUCUUGGUGAUGUUUAUUUUUGGUUUUCUGGCCUUCAUGUGCACCAUCUUGUCCAUUGGGAAUGGCAUUUGGGAAUACCAGGAAGGGAAUUCCUUCAUUAGCUUCCUACCCAGGGCUGAUGGAGCGAAUGCAUCUCUCUCAGCAUUUCUCACCUUCUGGUCCUACGUCAUCAUCCUCAACACUGUAGUUCCCAUCUCUCUCUAUGUCAGUGUUGAGAUCCUUCGUCUGGGGAACAGCUAUUUUAUUGACUGGGACCGUAAAAUGUACCACGUCAAGAGUGACACACCAGCCCAGGCCAGGACGACCACUCUCAAUGAAGAGCUGGGUCAGAUCAAAUAUAUAUUUUCUGAUAAGACGGGAACUUUAACCCAGAACAUCAUGACCUUCAACAGGUGCUCCGUCAAUGGAAAAUCAUAUGGUGAGGUUGUGGAUUUUGCUGGGCAGAGGGUUGAAGUUACUGAGAAGACAGAGAAGGUCGAUUUCUCCUGGAACUCUCUUGCCGACCCAAAGUUCUGUUUCCAUGACCACAAGCUGGAGGAAGCGGUAAAGUCUGGCUCUCCAGAGGUCCAGGCCUUCUUCCGUCUGCUGGCACUCUGCCACACUGUCAUGCCUGAGGAAAAAACAGAAGGAGAGCUAUUUUACCAGGCUCAGUCUCCAGACGAGGGGGCUCUGGUCACUGCAGCAAGGAAUUUCGGCUUCGUAUUUCGUUCUCGUACCCCAGAGACCAUCUCUCUGGUGGAGAUGGGAGUUCCCACCACCUAUGAGCUUCUAGCAGUGCUGGACUUCAACAAUGUCCGCAAGAGGAUGUCUGUUAUUGUUCGUAAUCCAGAGGGCAAACUGACACUGUACUGUAAGGGAGCUGACACAAUUAUUUUCGAGAGGCUGCAUCCAUUGUCCUCCAAACUCAUGGAGGUCACCACAGAACACCUUAAUGAAUAUGCUGGAGAGGGUCUGAGGACACUGGCUUUGGCUUAUAAAGACUUAGAUGAAGACAAGUUUGAGAAAUGGAAAAAACGCCACCAUGAGGCCAGCACCUCGCUGGAGGACCGCGAGGCAAAACUGGAUGCAAUUUAUGAAGAGAUCGAGAAAGAUUUGCUGUUCUCAGUCCCAAAGACCAAUGGGACCAUCCAUGAGAAGGUCGAUGGAGAGUACGGACUGGUAAUUAAUGGCCACAGUCUGGCAUUUGCUCUGCAGAAGGACAUGCAGUUGGAGCUCUUGAGGACUGCAUGUAUGUGCCAAACGGUCAUCUGUUGCAGGGUCACCCCUCUCCAGAAAGCUCAAGUGGUGGAACUUGUCAAGAAGCACAAGAAAGCUGUGACUUUAGCUAUUGGAGAUGGAGCCAAUGACGUCAGCAUGAUCAAAACUGCACAUAUCGGCGUUGGCAUUAGUGGGCAGGAGGGCAUGCAGGCGGUUCUCUCCAGUGACUUCUCCUUCGCUCAGUUCCGUUACCUCCAGCGGCUCCUGUUGGUACAUGGCCGCUGGUCCUAUCUGCGCAUGUGUAAGUUUCUGCGCUACUUUUUUUACAAGAACUUCACCUUCACCUUCGUCCAUUUCUGGUACGGCUUCUUCUGCGGCUUCUCUGCACAGACUGUGUAUGAUGAGUGGUUCAUUACGCUCUACAACCUGGUAUAUACGGCUUUACCUGUUAUUGGCCUCAGUCUCUUUGAUCAAGAUGUAAAUGACCGCUGGAGUUUCCAGUACCCCCAGCUGUAUGCUCCGGGUCAGCUGAACCAGUAUUUCAGUAAGAUGGCCUUCGCGAGGAUCCUGAUGCACAGCUGCUACAGCUCACUCAUCCUCUUCUUCGUCCCUUGGGCAGCCAUGUGUGACACCGUCAGAGAUGACGGCAAAGACAUCGCAGAUUAUCAAUCCUUUGCCCUGCUAGCGCAGACCUGCCUGCUCAUUGCCGUCAGUGUGCAGCUGGGUUUGGACACAUACUAUUGGACAGCAGUGAAUCAGUUCUUCCUGUGGGGCAGUCUGUCGGUGUAUUUUGCCGUCACCUUCACCAUGUACAGCAACGGCAUGUACUUGAUCUUCACAUCCUCUUUUCCUUUCAUCGGCACUGCAAGAAACUCCCUGAACCAGCCGAACAUGUGGCUGACCAUCUUCCUGACCACCAUAUUGUGCAUAUUGCCUGUGGUGGCAAAACGGUUCCUCUUCAUACAACUCAAGCCAGCUAUCAAUGACAAGGUGCGUCAUAAGGUCAGACAGGCCAAAGCUGUGCCUUUACCACCUCCUCGCAAAUUCCCUCGACGACGAAUCAGUACAAGACGAUCUGGUUAUGCCUUCUCUCAUGCUCGUGGCUAUGGAGACCUUGUCACCUCUGGACGCUUCCUGCGAAUUCCAGUUAAGACCAGACCGGCUCUUUUCCCCCACACUGACACGCCAGUGGCUGACAGCACACCUCGGACAUAUCGAACCAUCUUCGAGGAGGCUCAGAGUCCCUAAAGGUCCUUAUUUUGUUUAUUCACUUGUGAUGACUUACCGUCAAGCUUGAUUUCACCUUUCGGCAAUGGUAUUAAAUAAUAAAGGAGAGAUAUUCUUAGAGGGGCUUCAAAUAUAUCACAUAGGAGUAAGUGAGAUUGUGAAGUGAAGCCGUGAAGCUUUGAAUCAGUAAGAAGCUGGUUUUAGCUGUGAUUAGUGGCUGAAUAUCAUGUUAUAUGUAUAUGUUUCUUAAUGUUAUAAUAACAACACCUAUGUACACAGAAACACUUGACAAUCAAUCACCCAUAUGGUUCUCAUGUAUUAAGACCAGGGGACAUAAUCUAUCCACAUAAAAAGAGGCCUAGAGAUUAUUCAAGAAGAGCUUCAAACAAGCAGAUUUCAUGUGCUUUUAAUUGUUUAUGACAGUUUCAUAGAUGUUUUUUUUUUAUCAAUGAAUGUUUGAAAUGGUAACCAAACUCCUUUGAUAUGACAUCCUACUUUAUCAUGUUUUGUACAAAGAUGCAAAUGUGCCAUAAAUACAAUAAACAUAAA